CCAAGUGUAAAUUCAGAAUUUGUACGGAAUAUACAAAAAAAGUUCACCAUGUCGGCUCAAAAAGUGGCAGUUUUCUUGAUAGUAACAUUCAUUAUUGCGAUAACUGCCGAAGUGAACUCCUCGGCUGACUACAAAGCCGCGAAUAACCAAUCUAAUCACCUGGCCGUUGGAUACCGAGUACCUGGUGACAGGCUUGUGCUGAGGCAAAACAUCAUCAAGAAGUCUUCCUGGAUGCAAGUGGUCGUUGAAGAGAAAACCUUCUACGUAUCAGGAAACGAGCAGAUCACAUUAGUUCAAGCUCUCGAUCAGAAGACCAACGGCAACGGUGCACACGCCAGUUUGACCGCGGGUGGUCCAGGACACUCCAACGUGUCGCUCAGGUUCAAGAGCCAGAGGGGUCAUGGAAUCAACUUUGUUGUUGAGGUGUACGCACGAUAGUAAAACCACCAAACUGACGCGGAUCUUGUCAUCGUAUCAAUUUCUUAUUCUCGGUUUGUCAAAAGUAUUUACCCAUGAUGUUCAAUCGUGGUUAUCGGUUAGUCGUAAUGUUCACACUUUGGUUAAUUUAUUUGCAUAAUGUUUAAUUUAUGACUCGCAUGUGUGAAACGAAAUAAAAAUUUGAUAAUUAUUAUGAAGCCCAUACAGUUGUUAUUGCUCAAGAGAAACAAUGGUAGGUAAUGUAUUCAC